GAGAACAAGUCAGUGCUCUGUGACAACCCAGAGUGUUGCGAAGGGGAGGGAGGUAGGAGGGACAUUCAAGAAAAAGGGGACAUAUGUAUACCUAAUGUUAAUUCAUGUUGAUGGCAAAAAAAAAAUCACAAUAUUGUAAUUAUCCCCUAACUUCAAAAAAGAUGGAAAAAACUGACACUGUAAGAAGUGGAAUGAAAACUAGAACACUUCUGAGAUACAGACUCAUCGAUAUGAUCCGAUUAUACCUCUAUUAAACAAACUCUCCAGCCUUUUUGUUUCAUCAUUUGAUAUGAUAACAUCUAUCUGAAAUAAUGCUGCUCAUGAAUUCUUCUGCCAUGUGAAUCUUGUUUUUCUAGUCAUGGCAAUGGACUAAUGCAAACUGAGCUACCUGAUGGCAUCAAAAAACAUGCCUGGUGUAUGUGUGUAUAAGGUUAAUUUCUUUCUGCCUCAGUUUCCUCAUCUUUAAGUGGGGAACUCACAGCAGCCCAAUGGGUAAAUACCUUUAAUAUUGUCACAUUAGACAGAUGAGGAAACAGAGGCACUGGUUAAAUAAUGUGUCCAAGGUUUAUAGCUACUAAUUAUUCCCAUAGUUCAUGGCAGUAAAAUUGUCCAGUUCUCAAAGUUUUCUGUGUUACCAUAUACAUUUAAAUUUCUGCAUAGUCUUUCUUAUCAGACUGUCACAUAUUUUCUUUUGCUCCAAACUCAAUUAGCAUUAUUGAAAGUAGUCAGUCUACUAUCAUUUCUCCUGUAUGGCCCUCAGACAGUUGUCUGAACCUUAGGGUGGGAAAUAGUAAAAACAGUAUUCCAAGAGACGCCUAGCGUGCUGCAGUCCAUUGGGUCGAAGAGUCGGACAUGACUGACUGAACUGAACUGAACCUUAGAUAUGUCGGUGCUACAUAAUACUGUCAAGAGUUGGGAACAUUGGGGAGUUCCCUGGUGGUCUAGUAGUUACAAUUCCUUGCUUUCACUGAAGUGACAUGGGUUCAGUCCAUGGUCAGGGAACGCAGAUCCCAGAAGCAACGCAGCGCGGCCAAAAUUAAAAAAAAAAAAAAAAAAAAAAAAAAGCUGGGAACACUGCAUUCAUUUCAACCCGGAAAAUACAAGUUGCUCUGAGGACGCGUGGUGGCGCUGCAGGAUAAGAAGGUACAAACCUAAAUCACAGCUGCCGUUCUAUUAAAGGCAGAACUCGUUGAGCAGAGCCUGGAAGCCCACGGGAAGCUUGGAUGUCACAGUACGACUAGGUCUUCCGUAAAGGGCUACUCUCGGAAAAACUUCUGAGAUAAACCACAAGACAUUGAGGCCUUUACAGCUCAGCGGAACCAUCCUCGCCAGAGGCUAUACUGGGCAAGAAUAAUGGAGGCCAGCAGGAAGCUUGUUUGCAGACAAAGGCAAGUCCUUUUCUUCUUUCUCUUCUUACGCUUAGCUCUGGCGGGCUUUGAAUCUAGGCGUUAUUCUGUCGUGGAGGAAGCUGAGGGGAGCUCUUUUGUAACCAAUUUAGCAAAAGACCUGGGUCUGGGGCAGGGGGAACUCUCCAGGCGGGGAGCAAGGGUCAUUUCCAAAGGGAACAAACUGUAUUUGCAGCUGGAUCAGGAGUCUGGGGAUUUACUGCUAAAUAAGAAACUGGACCGCGAGGAACUGUGUGGUCAGACAGAGCCAUGUGUGCUGCGUUUCCAGGUUUUACUAGAGAAUCCCUUAGAGUUUUUUCAAGCUGAGCUACAGGUAAUAGACAUAAAUGACCAUACUCCAGUGUUCAUGGAUGGAGAUAUGUUGUUAAAAAUAUCAGAGAACAGUCUUCCUGGCACUACAUUUCCUCUAAAGAAUGCUCAGGACAUGGAUGUAGGCCAAAAUAAUAUUGAAAAUUAUAUAAUCAGUCCCAACUCCUAUUUUCGGGUCCUCACUCGCAAACGCAGCGAUGGCAGAAAAUAUCCGGAACUUGUGCUGGACAAAGUACUGGAUCGCGAGGAGGAAGCUGAGUUCAGGUUAACCCUCACUGCUCAGGAUGGUGGUUCUCCACCACGGUCUGGCACCGCUCACGUCUACAUAGAAGUCGUGGACAUCAAUGAUAACGCCCCUGAAUUUGAACAGCCUUUCUACAGAGUAAAGAUCCCUGAGGACAGUCCCAAAGGCUUCCUUGUUGUCAAAGUCUCUGCUACCGAUGUAGACACAGGAGUCAAUGGAGAGAUUUCCUAUUCACUUUCCCAGGCUUCAGAAGACAUUAGCAAAACCUUUGCGAUCAAUGCCAUGACUGGAGAAAUUCGACUGAAAAAACAACUUGAUUUCGAAACAACUCAGUCAUAUGAGGUCAAUAUCGAGGCCAUCGAUACUGGAAGCCUUUCUGGAAAAUGCACCGUUCUGAUUCAAGUCGUGGAUGUGAACGACAAUGCCCCAGAAGUCACCCUGUCUGCACUUACUGGACAGAUCCCUGAGAACUCGCCUGAGAUUGUGGUUGCAGUUUUCAGUGUUUCAGAUCUUGACUCUGAAGAGAAUGGGAAAGUAAGUUGCUCCAUUCAGUACGAUCUACCGUUUUUGCUGAAAUCUUCCAUGGAAAAUUUUUACACUCUAGUAACAGAACGACCGCUAGACAGAGAGACCAGAGCCGAAUACAACAUCGUCAUCGCUGUCACGGACUUGGGGACACCCAGGCUGAAAACCGAGCACAACAUAACCGUGCUGGUGUCCGACGUCAACGAUAACGCCCCCACCUUCACCCAGACCUCCUACACCCUCUGGGUCCGCGAGAACAACAGUCCCGCCCUGCACAUCGGCAGCGUCAGCGCCACAGACACAGACGCGGGCGCCAACGCCCAGGUCACCUACUCGCUGCUGCCGCCGCCCGACCCGCUCGUGCCCCUCGCCUCCCUCGUGUCCAUCAACCCCGACAACGGCCACCUCUUCGCCCUCACGUCCCUGGACUACGAGGCCCUGCGAGCCUUCGAGUUCCGCGUGGGCGCCUCCGACCACGGCUCGCCCGCGCUCAGCAGCCAGGCGCUGGUGCGCGUGCUCGUGGCGGACGCCAACGACAACGCGCCCUUCGUGCUCUACCCGCUGCAGAACGCCUCGGCGCCCUGCACCGAGCUGGUGCCCAGGGCGGCCGAGCCGGGCUACCUGGUGACCAAGGUGGUGGCGGUGGACGGCGACGCGGGCCAGAACGCCUGGCUGUCGUACCAGCUGCUCAAGGCCACGGAGCCCGGGCUGUUCGGCGUGUGGGCGCACAACGGCGAGGUGCGCACGGCGCGGCUGCUGAGCGAGCGCGACGCGCCCAAGCAGCGGCUGGUGGUGCUGGUCAAGGACAACGGCGAGCCGCCGCUGUCGGCCAGCGUCACGCUGCACGUGCUGCUGGUGGACGGCUUCUCGCAGCCCUACCUGCCGGCCCCGGAAGCGGAAGCGGCGGCCGCGGCGCCGGCCGACCCGCUCACCGUCUACCUGGUGGUGGCCUUGGCGUCGGUGUCGUCGCUCUUCCUCUUCUCGGUGCUGGUGUUCGUGGCGGUGCGGCUGUGCAGGAGGGGCGGGGCGGCCUCGGCGGGUCGCUGCCCGGUUGUCGAGGGCCACUUCCCUGGCCAGCUGGUGGACGUCAGCGGCACGGGGACCCUGUCCCAGAGCUACCAGUACGAGGUGUGCCUGAUGGGAGGUACCGGGACGGGCGAGUUCAAAUUCCUAAAGCCAGUUGUACCCAAGUUUCAGAGCCAUUUCCCGGGGCCAGAAAUAAAUCCCCCAUUUUAGGGAAGACUUUAGUUUCAGUAUUCAGUGACAAUAGUUGUUUUUAAUAUAACAAAUAUUUUAAAUUGAUGACGGUUAAAGGUUUUUCUGGCAACUUACCAUGAACCUUUAAAACACUAAACUUACUUGCAAAAUUUGUUUUUAAAAAUGGUAUCUUUUUCUCAUUACUAUAACAAGAUUAAUGGUCCUAAAUGUUGCCUGAAAACAAUGAUGAAGUCAAUAGCUGUACAAACCCUUGUUCUGGCAUAGCUUAGAUCUAUAUGAGGAAAAAACAAUGGGAAAUUAUUAUCAGUUGUAUUCGCUUAACUUUUUCUGCAUAGUUUAACAAGUAAGUAUGUAAGAGCACUACCAUACUAACACACUGAGCCAUGACUAAUAUGAAAGGAGAGAGAACUGUACAGUGAGAAUCGGGUUCUUGCUUUAUUCUGCUGUCAUAGCACUUUGAUCAUAUUUUCUCUUAAAAUGUUAUACUAAUUGUGUUUCAUUAAUAUACCAAUGUUAGUUUUAAUAUAAUUGUUUUAAUUGCUUUUCAUUUAGUUUCAUUGGUGUUAAAAAGGGAGAAAAAGCUACACUGUUUAUUUAGUGAGAUGAAAGGGCAUAGUAGGAAACUGGCUUUUCCCACUUGAGAAACACUGAUCAUCUAUGACAGUAUGCAGUAGCCACUUAAACUCCAUUCAUAUUUUCUUCUUUAGUAACAGAUCCCCAAAUUUCAUUUAGAACAUUAGUGUACUUAGUAAAAGAAAACAUUUUCCCAAUCUUCUUGGCAGCUCUAAUAAAACAUUUGACUAGGUUACUGUCAAAGAAAUGUAUAUGAGAAUGUUCUAAGAGAGUUUCAGAAAGGCCUUCAAAAGCAAGGUGAUUCAUCUAGAAGUGGCUGGGGAGGUCCCUUUUGUCUUUCUCUGCCUUUGCUGCUUGGAAUAUGUGAGUAACAUUUGGAAUAUAAUGUCAUAUUGAGCCAUAAAGCAAAACUAAAGAUGGAAAUAAUGGUUCAAGACCAUCAAACUCUAAAGAUAUGAGGAUCCCUGAUAAUUGGAGUCAUCAUGUCAUCCCUGAAUUGCCUACUUCUGAACUUUUUUUACUUGGGAAAUAAAGGGAUUUCUAUCUCA